UGAGAACAGACUGGCACUGAAGUUGUUCGGCAGCAAAAAGGCAGUGCUGAAGGAGAGGAAGAGGUGUGAGGAGGAGGCCCCCUGGAUCAUUCACCCCUACAGCACCUUCAGAUUCCUGUGGGACUUCAUCAUGUUGAUGCUGCUGAUCAUCAACUUAGUGGUGCUUCCAGUGGCCAUCGCCUUCUUUAAUGAGGAGAACAGCCACUCGUGGGCAGUGUUCAACUGCGUCAACGACUCCAUCUUCAUUCUAGACAUCCUACUCAACUUCAGGACAGGCAUUCCCAGACAACACAUGGCCGUGCAAGUGGUACUGGAGCCAAAGGUGAUCCGUGCCAGUUACAUGAGGGGGUGGUUCGGGAUAGACCUCAUCUCUUCCAUGCCCAUGGACUACAUCUUCCUCAUCAUCUCCCAGGGCGACAGUGGGGGUCCGCAGAUACUGAAUGCCUCGCGGACCCUGAAGAUGCUGCGACUCAUGAAGUUCCUCAGUCUCAUGCGACUGCUCAGAGUGUCCAGACUCAUGAGAUAUGCGACCCAGUGGGAAGAUGUGUUCAACCUGGCUAGUGCGGCCAUCCGCAUCCUGAACCUGAUCUUCAUGAUGGUGCUGAUCAGCCACUGGAAUGGGUGUCUCAUGUUCCUCUUCCCCAGAAUAUACGACUUCCCCCCUGACUCCUGGGUGGUCAUAGACGGACUCAAGGACUCCGAGUGGGAGGAGCAGUACAGCUGGGCCCUGUUCCGAGCCAUGUCCCACAUGCUGUGCAUAGGCUAUGGCCAGCAGCCACCCACCUCCCUCAUGGACCUAUGGCUGGUCAUGGUCAGCAUGCUGAGUGGGGCCACUUGCUACGCCCUGUUCAUCGGACAUGCCACCAACAUGAUACAACAGUUUGACUCCUCCAGAAGACAGUACACAGAGAAGAUGAAGCAAGUGGAGGAGUACAUGGGUCAUCGGAAGUUACGACCCGAUCUGCAAGUGAGAGUACAUGAGUACUAUGAGUACAAGUACAAGGGCAAGAUGUUCGACGAGGAGGUCAUUCUAGAGGAACUCAACGACUGUCUCAGAGAGGAGAUCCUGAACUACAACUGUCGUGAGUUGGUGAACGUAGUGCCCUUCUUCCAGGGGGCGGAUCCCCUCUUCGUCAGUGGAGUGGUGUCCAAACUCAAGUUCGAAGUGUUCCAGCCGGGCGACCUCAUCCUCAGCGAGGGCUCAUUCGGCACCAAGAUGUACUUCAUCCAACAGGGCACAGUAGAUGUGCUCUCUAUGGACGAUGACGUCAUCGCACAACUCACAGACGGCGCAUACUUCGGGGAGAUCUGUCUGCUGACCAAGUGUAGAAGGACAGCCUCUAUCAGGGCAGAGUCCUACUGUAAUCUGUACUCGCUGGAGGUGGAGGACUUCAAUGAUGUCGUCAGGGAGUUCCCGGAGGUCAGGGACAAGAUGGAACAGGUUGCGAGACUGCGGCUGACGCAGUUGGGGAGGAAGCCGAGUCAGGUGUUCCUGAAGAGCAAGUUCAAGCCCCACUCCCUCAUCAACAGCCUCAUCCUAAACACACACUCCAACAUGAGAAGUCAUGACAACAACAACAACAAUAACAACAGUGACAACGAUAACUCGGAUGGGGAAACACACGACGUCCACAUUAAUGAUGAACUGGUGAGCAAUGUGGCCCGUUUGACCAUGCGCAAGCUGUCUGUUCUGCUGGAGAGCACCCACCCCUCUGGCUGCAGCCCCACCAGAACCAACAACAGCUCCGGACACUCCUCCGCCGCCGGAACUCACGCCAACAAUAACAACAACACCAUUAGUCCAAAGCUAGCCAAAUCACCGAAGCAGGGUAACCACUUCACAUGCCACGCCAAAGUAGACCACUGUGACACCAUUCUGGAAUCAGAGUGCGGCAGUGGAGAACAGAUGAGCCAGAGUCUCAUUUCCAGCCACAGACACAGUAAUGCUGCAGACCACACUGACCAAGAAGUAGAGGGUGGUAGAAGCAGUCAAGUUGGUGCCAAAAUGUACAGUGGAACUGCUUAUGCAGACAACGGGUUUGAUGACACUAUCUGCGAAGACCCCAUCGAUGAUGACGACAUCGACAUUGACUUGGAUUUCGGCAAUGCAGAAAACUUCGAUGAUUUCUGCGACGAUGCUGAUGAUGAUGAAAAUACAGAAGCAGAUGUCAUUAGUGACGCAGUUAUUAGAGAAAUGAAAAGCAUGUUGAAUAGCGGGGGCCAAGUUAAUGACUCAUCGGCACCGAAUACUCAUGAACAAACUGAAGAUCUUGAUGAUCAAAAUAAGAACACAGUAGAUGAGUAUUCGCAGUUUCACCUCAGCCCAAGUUGUCCCACCUUCCUCGGUAUUAGACAGCAAAGCACAGACUCAAGCAAUAUAUAGAUUUUAUGUGAACACCUGUUGAAAAUUAAGUAAUUCAUUUU